AUGACUGACGAAAAUCACGGGGUGAGUUCCGGUACUAGUAAUCACUUUAUUAAUACCAGGGGAGGAUGGGAUUCUAACAGCAACGAGGUACCGACCUGGACGGGUCACAUUAUGAUAGCAAAACAUAUUACUAUUCCGCAAACUAUUAAUAGUAAUGGACCUAUCAGCACGGAUUUAUCCGAUAUUCUUGGCGCCACGGGAAACAGUCCUGCCUUGUUUUUCCAGAGUUACAGAGUCAACUCCGUUACGGCCUACAUCCAGGGUUUUCAUAUAGACAAUGAUGAUGCUGCAAGAGCACAUGUAAACAUGUGGCUAGCCCCCUGGAAUCGUCCCUUCUAUAUUGGUGGUACGGGGGUCGGAUUGACGGCUAUUAAUACCAAUGCCAAGUGCCUUCCUGGAUCUACCUGGAGACAGUUUAAUGUUCCUUCCCUCCUGUAUUCAACGCAAGCUAAUACCGGAGAUAUUAGUGCUAAUGGAAUGUUAUCCAAUACCAUGGCCCAGCCUAUGUACGAAAUUAAUACCGCCCAGGAUGCUGCUACGCACGGUGACGUUAUGGCCAACGGAAUGAUACCUACCCUUAAUCCCGGAACCGACAAUCCAGCACCGUUCUAUGACAAUACCCCCUGGCAGUGCUUCAUAUUUGAAAUAGAAACAAUAUUUGGAGCCGCAACUGUAAGUGGACAGUUUACUAUGCACAUUUUACUAAAAGUGGAUUUCACCUUCUUAGGUGUCAGAUGCCAGCGGGGAUCAAUUACCGAUGAUCACCUCCCCUACCGCUCCCUCAAGGAUAAAGCAAUACCCACCUAUCAGAAAUAUGAAACGGCAAUUGUCGGAUCUAAGCGGAGACGAAGAGAUUCCGAUGCUGACGAGCCCAGCACCUCGACCGACCCGACCCGGCUGGUCGGGAAACAAUGAAGUGGAAGAGAGAAUUUAUGAUAUGAUUAUAAAGGGACAUAGAAUGUUUAAAGAUAUAUUACCAUUAUAUCCAAAGUAUUAUGCAACAAUAGCCAGAUUGAUGAUAUGUCGAAAGCCAAGGGAUUUUAUUACACAUGUACUACAAAUAUUUGGGCCUGCUGGAAUUGGAAAGACAACUGCUGUCUUCAAGGUAUUAAAGGCGUUUACCGAUACGGGUGUGGCAGAUUUUUAUUUCAAGGGAGGAGGACUUAAGAAAUACUGGGACGGUUAUGAUAAUCAGCCUAUAGUAUGGAUCGAUGAUCCAGUGACACUUGAUGCUUCGAGAGACUCUGAAUCCGUACAACAACUUAAAAACGUUUUCUCUACUGGAAAUGCAGUGGUUGAAGUUAAAUAUGGAUCACUGACAUUUGACUCUAAAUUAGUUAUAAUUACUAGUAACGGAGCACCGGAAUACCUGGCAGCAUCCUGUGGAGAAGAGAAUUAUGAACCUAUAUUACGUAGAUUAACGGACACGUGCGGAAGAAGGUUCUGUCAUUAA